GUAACUCUCUUAUCUUCCACUGUCCACCCUUGAGGAUAUCGUAUCCAGUCUAGACAACUAACUUCAAAUCCUUGUCUCUCUAAUUGAUCCUCAUUUCUGCAUUCCAUAAUGCAAUCUCUAGGGUUUUCACCACUUAAUUCCCUAGGAAGUGCUAAAGCAACCCCUAAAUUUCAGAAAGAAAUAAGCAGAGACCCAUUGAGUAGUUUAAAGCUACUGUCUUUAAAAUUCAAACCUUGUUACAGUACUCGAUUUUACAGAAAUUCAAGUAUUCAAAUGUCAGGGAGUAAUGAAGAAGAGGACUUGACAAAGCAAAUGAAAGAGAUGAAUGCUGCUAAAAAGAGAUGGGACGCUCUGAUUAGAGAAGAAAAGGUAAAGUCUCUUACACCAAGGGAAGCUGGGUAUGCAAUUCAACUGUCUUACAAAACCCUCCUUGACGUUCGCCCAUCAUUUGAGCGCAAUAAGGCAUGGGUUAAAGGCUCAACUUGGAUUCCUAUAUUUGAUGUUGAUAGCAAAUUAGAUGCUGGAGCUCUUUCCAAAAAGGUUACAAACUUCUUGUUAGGGGGUUGGUGGAGUGGCAUACCUACACUAUCCUACGAAAAUCAAUUCAUAUCAAGGGUCGAGCAGCAAUUCCCAAAAGACACUGACCUUAUUGUUGCAUGCCAAAAAGGAUUGAGAUCCCUUGCUGCCUGUGAGCUACUGUAUAAAGCAGGCUAUGAAAAUAUUUUCUGGGUUCAAGGGGGUCUAGAGGCUGCUGAAGAAGAAGAUUUUGAUAGAGAAGGUCCUCAACCAUUCAAAUUUGCUGGAAUUGGUGGUGUUUCAGAGUUUCUUGGUUGGACUGAUCAGCAACGAGCGGCAGCUGCCAAAGAUGGCUGGGGUUCCCGAGUAAUUUACUCAGCCCGUUUGAUUGGGAUUUUUAUCCUUGCAGAUGGCUUGUUUAUUGGGGUUCAGCAAUUGACUCACUAUCUUCAGGAAAUAAGAUCUUCUUAAACCAGCAACAGAAAAGAUCAAAAGAAACUUAUAAUGAAGCUACCGAGUCUGAGAGUUGUAUGUUCUUUCUUCACGUUGUCGUGACCUUAAGUCUGUCAAGAGAUUCUUGGGAGGAUCUCAAUUUUUGUAAUUAAAUUAAGCCCGACUUUACGGUUUUGUUUGAGCGUCUAUGCAGUUUCAGUUACGUAUUGUGUUAUCUUGUUUGU